CAAGCUUUGACUCGCCAGGUUGUUGUCUUCCUUUAGCUCUAAUUAUCUGUCGCUUCUCCAGUGUUAAUGACAGCACUAAAAUUACAUACAAACCGGUGGAGAUAAAACGGAAUUGACAUUUUAUCCGACACACGAGGAUAUGCCAUCUGACUUUAUAACGUAACUACGAAGUAAGCCUCGUGUGGACAACAAACCGAGUUGUUAGGCAGCUAACGGAGGUUAGCACCGCAAAUCUCCACACCGUGCGCUCUACAUGCUCACUUUCUCUUCCAUUUCGUCUCCGUCUGUUGUCGGCCUUUAGUUUCUGUCGCCAAGUUCAGUCUGUGGUUUCGCCAGGAGAGAAUGAACUGGCUUUUCCCCCUGUCCAAAGGCUCCGGACCUCUGCCUCCUCUGAACAGCUUACAGCAACAAAGACAGCGGCAGAUCGACUCACUCAAAGCCGCUCACCCCAGCCUUGCAGAGAUCCAGAAGGAUGUGGAGUACAGAAUACCAUUCACAGUCAACAACUCCACCAUUAGUGUUAACAUUUUGCUACCUCCUCAGUUCCCUCAGGAGAAGCCGGUGGUUAGUGUCUACCCCCCUGUUGGUCAUCAUUUAGUUGACAGCAAUAAUGGCACCAUGAUCACUAGUCCUCUCAUCACUAAUUUUGGGAUGCACUCAGAUCUGGGUAAGGUCAUUCAGAGUCUGUUGGACGAGUUCUGGAAAAGUCCUCCUGCCUUGAUGUCUACUGCUGGUCCUGCUGGCUUUCCAUACGGUAUGUACAAGCCAUCAGGCAUCGCUCCGUACCCCACUCAGGCUUUCCACUAUGGUCCUCGUCAUGUGGGUCCCGGUCAGACGCCGCCUCCUGGUCCGGGUCCAGCUCCCUCUCCAGCUCCAGCUCCCAUGCCUCACCCAGGGGUCGAUAGUGCCCAUGGACCUCCUCGUGCCCCAGCUCCAUAUGGACUGAUUUCUGACCUGCCGCUGCCUGUCCCUACUGGAGACUCACAGGCUGGACUGAACGGACAUAUGUACAAGAUGCCUGAGAUUCCUGAGUCUUUCCCAGAACUCUGUGACAUGAGCAUGACCCAGCUGUCAGAUAUGUCUGAAAAUGAGGAUGUGCUGCUGCAGUUCUUUGUGAGUUUGCCACAGCUCAAGCAGGUCACAAAUGAUAAAGAAGAGCUGGUCACCAGCAUCGUCGACAUGGCCAAGAAAAAUCUUCAGAUGGAGCCACAGUUGGAAGGAAGAAGACAGGAAAUGCUUUACAAGUACGAACAGCUAACUCAGAUGAAGUCGGCCUUUGAGACAAAGAUGCAGAGACAGCAUGAACUCAGUGAGAGUUGCAGUCUCAGUACUUUACAAGCUCGGUUAAAAGUUGCAGCCCACCAGGCAGAAGAGGAGUCGGAGGAGACGGCUGAAAACUUCCUGGAGGGACGCAUUGACAUAGACGAAUUCCUGUCCAGUUUCAUGGAGAAGAGAACGCUUUGCCACAGCAGAAGGGCCAAAGAGGAGAAGUUGCAACAGUCCAUCAACACACAUGGACAGUUUCCUACCAGCCACUAGAACACAAGGUUUGGUGUUUUCUCAGCCAACUGCUGCCAAUUAAAAGGAUAAAGACAGUAGAGAGGACGAAAAGCACACUGAGUCAACAUUGGGCACUUUGGAGAAAUAGGAAGAUGGUGAUGCAGUGGUGAAGUUAAAAAAAAGAAAAAAUGUGCUCAGAUCUGGGCUAAAAAACUGUUGAAGUUAGAUUGUGUGAAAACAAGAUGGAGAAGCUAUUAAGUCACCACGGUAGGCCAAAACUGGAAAAAUGACUGAAUAGCUGUUCAACCACAUUACUAAGGAAUGAUCACAUUGUGGAUAAGUUUAAUUGCACAUUCUAUUUGUCCAGUUUUGACUCGAUGGUGAUGACAAAGAGUUUUGUUUCUGUCUAAGGAUUUUUGUCACGUUAAGUGCGCCUGAUCAGAGUGGUUGGUGAUGUGAACACUUUUGACAGAAAGUACAAAUGGCUUAGGACAGUAUUCCCAAUCUUACAUUUUUCCAUGCAGUGAUCAAGUACACGUCACUAUAAAUUAACUCUUAAAAUGUUAAUGUCGGUGUCUGUAUUUGCAGUCUCUGAGAUCAUUUCCCAGUUCUUGCUUUAGCAGCCCAGACAGGCCCCAUUCCUACUGGACAGGUAUGAGGAGCAACUUUUGCACGUUAAAUCUCAUGUUUACAUUGGAAAGGUUGUUCUAGCAAUUUACAGAAAUCUCAUUACUGGGGUGUCAUUGGCUCUGUUCUUAGCUGGCAUUGCUGGGUGACCCAAUCACAAGUGGACAAUUUUUAGCUCAGCAGUUCACACGUGGCAUUAGACCGUGUCUGCACAUGCAUCUCGAGUGACCACUUGUGAUCAAAUUUCACUUCCCCGCUCUAAAUGCAAAUAAACACAUACGUCACUUAUGUUUGCAAAGACCAGGUGCGUUGUUGUGUUUUACCGGCGGCAGCAACGUACUUCCUGUGCGUAGUCUGCUGGAAAGUAAAAGAAGAAGAAGAAGAAGAAAUCCAAACAACACAGACUGGGUCUAUUCCUCAGUGUGUUCCAGAUGUUUGACACACUCGUCAUAUAUCACUGUGGGCUUUUUGAAAUUUUCAGAUGUUGCAGACGAAGCCAGCUUACAUGAUUUCCAACUUUUAUCCGUUGUUGAGAGCUGGCUAAGCAGUGUGGCCCAGGACACAUUUGUGUUUCAGACUGGCCCAGUCCACCUCCGAAUGUGGUCUGAGUGUUCGUAUCUCAGAUGGUUCAUCAGAGUGUCUUGGGUGCAUUCACACCUGUACUCACCUGAGAUUCAUGUUAAUGCCACGUCUGAACAGGGCCAUUGUCAGUCUUUCCACAGCAAUCCUGUUGUAAUAGAACAAAACAAAUUUGGGAUUUACCAGUGAAAAAAAGAAGCAGUGAAGGGGCCGUGUGUUUUACUCGGGCUGUUACAAUUUCAAAUGUGCAUUUUAACUGCGGAAAGCAGUUGAUUAUUUAUUACAUUGUUUCCCUUCCCCGUUGAGCAAUUUCUUAAACACAUCCUAAAUAUCAGUGUGUUUGCACAAACAUGAGUAAUUCGAUUAAACACGUUAAGGAAGCCAGACUCUGAAAACACCAUAUUGAUUGAUCUACUGUACAUUGUUACAAAUUAGUUUCAAAGUCACCAUAAACCAAAUAUCAUGUAACAGGUGUUUUUUUUUUUUUCUUUUAAUCACCAAUGAACACAGAUUAUUUCAUUGACCAGUAUAACAAAUUAUAUUAAGUCAGCUUAAGGGGAAGUCAGAGUACUGUAAACCAUGUAAAUGGCUUAAUCACACUAUGACCUUAAUUCCAUCCUUUUUACAAUAAUCAAAUUAUUUGUGUAUCUGUAAACACACUGAUGGCCAUGUUCUGCUGGUGAGCACCAUUAUAAUAACCAGACUAUUUUAUUACACCUUUUGGACUUGAAAUGUUUGAUGAAGAGCCUCUGACGUUUUGGGAUAAUGUUGAGGAGUAUUAGGUUAAUUGCUGCAGUAAAACUCAAUGACAUUGGAUACUGUAUUUAAAUAAUGUUAAUAAUAGGCUAUAUUGUAAUCAAAGACUCAGACACCUUGUAUUAUAUGUUCUUAUUUAAUUUGUUAGAGUAAUAAAGCAUUUAGAAUAAA